UCCUCCUCCUGCUCCCACUGGUCACCAGUCGCCUUUUCCUACCAGCUCAGGAGAAAAGGAAAGUUGAUCUUGUAUUUGUCUGGGCUUCCUAUCCUAAUCGGACACGCUUUUCUGAGUUGCAAAUAAUCCCAGCUGAGGAAAUGUAAAGCAGCAGCAUGGGGAAUGUGACCUGUUGUGCGAGCACUUGUCUGCAAAACAAGGAGCAGGAGCUGGGCUUGCGAUGUGACUACCCUCCGGGAAAGGCGACCGACUGCUGCCGGAGACCUGGACAGCGUGGGAGACGUCCAUAAAAGACCGAUAGCUGAGUCAGCUCCUUGUUGUGCUUUUAUACACAAUCCAAUCGGUGGAGGAGGCAAGAAGGCAAAUUACAUGGUAACAGCGGGGCCGCGGCAGUCCAUCACUCCAGCGUGGCAGGGCAUGAGAAGCUGAGGAGGCUCAUGAUCUCCGGGGGGAAAGUAAUGCAAUAAUGGAAAGGCGGCGAGAGAGAGGGAGAAAAAUCAAACAGCAUUUACCUUGCGUAGGUCCAGAGCAUGGCAUAGCAAUAACGUCACCGUCCAGGGAGCUGGGGUCCUUCCUCGCCUGCCUGCAUGCUGCUUGAACUGAUCCCAAGCCUUUGUUUUUGGACUGAAGAAACCUGAAAACCUUUCUCUCCUAAUUCAUGAGCCAGCAGGAUGUGGUUGCCGUGCUUUCAGAACGCCUGCUCAUAGCCGCCUACAAAGGCCAAGUGGAGAAUGUGGUGCAGCUUAUCAACAAGGGUGCCAAGGUAGCGGUUACCAAGCAUGGCCGGACCCCCCUGCAUCUUGCUGCCCACAAGGGUCAUCUCCACGUUGUCCAGGUUUUGUUGAAGGCAGGUUGUGACCUGGAUAUUCAGGAUGAUGGCGAUCAGACAGCGUUGCACCGGGCUGCUGUCGUAGGGAACACCGAUGUUAUAGCAACUCUGAUUCAAGAGGGCUGUGCUUUGGACAGACAAGACAAGGAUGGGAACACCGCUCUUCACGAAGCUUGUUGGCACGGAUUCAGUCAGUCCGCCAAAGUGCUCGUCAAAGCAGGAGCCAACGUUCUUGCCAAGAACAAGGCAGGUAACACACCUCUUCACCUGGCUUGCCAGAAUAGCCAUUCCCAGAGUACUCGUGUUUUGCUACUUGGAGGAUCUCGAGCAGACCUCAAAAAUAACGCAGGAGAUACCUGUCUGCAUGUGGCUGCUCGUUAUAAUCACUUGCCCAUCGUUAGGGUGCUGCUCAGUGCUUUCUGUUCUGUCCAUGAAAAGAACCAGGCAGGAGAUACUGCGCUCCAUGUAGCUGCUGCUCUAAAUCACAGGAAGGUGGUUAAGCUGUUGCUGGAGGCAGGGGCUGAUGCAUCCGUUGUCAACAAUGCAGGUCAGACCCCUCUAGAGGUUGCCAGACAGCACAAUAACCCUGAGGUUGCGCUCCUCCUCACUAAAGCAUCACAGGUCUCACGCUUUAACCGUGGAAGAAGCCUGAGGAAGAAGAGAGAGAGGCUGAAGGAGGAAAGGCGAGCUCAGUCAGUACCACGGGAUGAAGUGGUACAGAGCAAGGGCAGCGUCUCGGCUGCUGACGACACCCCGAGCAGCGACCAGCCACCGCAGAGGAAGAGCGAUCUGAAGGAUGAACCCCGGUCAACCUCGCCAGAUCCCAAAGGGAAGAAGAGCAAAAAGAAAAAGCCAAAGGAAAAGGUUUCGGCACUCUCGGACCCCAUCUCCCCAGCUGAUCAGCAGACUCUCCCUCGGCCCCAGCAAAACGUGCCUAAGCGCAGAAGCAAACAUCACUGCUCCUCCCCACCCCCUCCCCACGAGGUGCGAGCCUACCAGCUCUACACGCUCUACCGAGGAAAGGAUGGGAAGGUGAUGCAGGCACCGAUAAAUGGAUGUCGUUGUGAGCCCCUGAUAAAUAAACUGGAGAAUCAGCUGGAGGCAACAGUGGAAGAGAUAAAAGCUGAGUUUGGGACAGUACAAGAUAAGAUGAAUGUUAAGCUGGGCCAGAUGGAAAGCAAAACUCAACAUCAACUCCGUGUUUUGGACAAGCUUAUGGCUGAGCGUCUGUCCGCAGAGAGAACAGAGUGCCUUCACCGCCUGCAACAGCAUGCUGAGCUGGAAAAAAACGAGGGGGAGAAACGGCAGAUUUCCUUGGUCGAUGAGCUGAAGACGUGGUGCAUGUUGAAGAUUCAGAAUCUGGAGCUCAAGCUUUCUGGUGAUUCCAGGUCAUCAAGACCCAAAUCGACUUUGUCCACUUGUGAGUCUCUCACUGAGACCCUGGACACUGAGAACAACCCUCACAGUGCCAAGGACUGUAAAGCCACCCAGCCCAUGCUGCAGUCAGAGGGCUCCCACCAGCAUUCCUACAUCACGCUCCCAAACAGCCUCUCGGAAGAUGGGGGAAGGAGCAGAGUCCAGAUGCCAGAACAGAGCUUUGGGCAACAUUUUUGCAUUCCACAAGAUGGUGCGUCAGGUACAACCUUGUCAGGUACAGAGCAACAGUUAAUUGUUGGCGGACCAGUUUCUUCUUCUGCCCUUGCCCAAGAUGUCAGGCCAAAGGACAAAGCUGUUGGUGCCAGCACGUUCCACAGGUUCCAGCAGGAGCUGCCCUCCUCCGAGCUUUUGGGCUCCAAAUUAAGACAUGUUAAGGUUCAGGCUGCUUUGCAGCCCUUGACUGAACCUGCGAAGACUGAACAGAGUGGCUAUUUCAUCGACAAAGGAACUCAGACAAAGAAGUCCAGCAAAAGCGGGCAGUCGAGGCAUAAAGCUCUGCACCACGCAGGGGCACAGCAGAGCCAGGAGCAGCAGCCCUGCGCCCUGCCAGGGGGACAGCCGGGGGGACAGCCGCCUGCCCCUCCGCUCAGAGACACCUCCCAGGCCCUGGAGAUAACACAGUACUUCUUCGAGGCCGUUUCCACACAGAUGGAGAAGUGGUACGAACGGAAGAUAGAAGAAGCCCGGUGCCAAGCUAAUCAGAAAGCGCAACAAGACAAAGCCGCGCUCAAGGAGCACAUUAAAAGCUUGGAAGAGGAGCUCAGCAAAUUAAGGACUAAGGUGCAGAAAGAGAGCUAG